CUCAGAAACUCCAAUGUGUCUGCUUUGUGUACGGAAGCUUUUCCACAGAACUCGUUGACUCCUAGUGCUUUUCAAAAAUGCAAAUUUCAACAUGGAAAAAUCAAAAUCAAACCAUCAGAUACACUAUGUUUGCCGGAUGAGGACGUUUGCCUAUCAGAGCACAUGCAGGUGGCGGAUGCUGGUGGAGUUAUAGUAGAAGAACAUCUUCAAAGGUGUGGAAGGACGGGGCAGUGUGAUUUAUUCAUCGUGGUCAGUCACCCCAAUAAAGCAAUAAUUAUGAAAACAACUUGCUGUCAAACACAAUAUUGUACUCCGCAGACAUCUAAUGUGUCCUUGGCGCCUGGAGUAGAGAAUGGUUUGACUUGCAGAUCUUGUUAUACACCGAAUUCCUCAGAAUGUCUGAGUACGGACACAAUGUCCUGCAUGGGAGCGAUGGAUCGCUGCGUGACGUACACAGCGACUAGGAGAAGUGGCACAGGAAACCAAACCGAGAUUUUGAUUGGAUGUGGGACCAAGGACGCAUGCACCUAUGGGCGGAGCUUUGUGGGGAGUAUGAUCCAGAGCCUCGAAGUGAACAUCAGGCUGGGACUACAAGGAGACCUCAGGUACAACCACGUGUCACAGUGUAGCAGUGCAGACUUAGAAAGCGUGACUCGUAAGUCUGUGGCAACCGCACAUUUUUGA